AUCCAUUCAUCUGUGAUCUCACGCAACCAUGUCCAAGCCCUUACCACCUCCCAUCCGCAUGCGCCUCGCUACUCCUCGCCCGCCCGGGCUUGCCUUGGACACCCCCGCACAGCGUCCGCACUCGCCUGCCCUUCUGCCCGCCUUGCCUUUCCCACCCCCACCUCCUCCCCCAAGCACAACUCCCUGCUCCGCCCUCCCCGCUUCCCGCGCGAAUGCGUGCUUUGCGCGCGCCAGUGCCUCGCCGCUCGACUGCGCGCCCGCUGCCCUGCGGAGCGCCACGCUGCUGCCGGCCAUUGCGUGGGGGGAGAAGGACGAGGUGGUGCGGCGGCAGCUGCGAGGUGGAGGGCGGAUCGAGUGGCGGGGAGCGGCGCAAUGCGGGCGAGGGGACAGCGAGUGGCAGUGCGAGGUGGCGAUCGGGAGAAGGAGGGCGCUGGCGGCAGGCGCUGGCAUGGCGGUGGGCGCGUGGGGCAGCGCGUGCAUGGCAGGCGGGCGCGGAGAAGGUUUAGCGGAGGGGGUUUUGGGGCCGCUGCCAGACACCAUCCAUGCGAGCAUUGACGCGUCGCGGAUGGACCCGCACGGGCGAAUCAUCAUUGUAGGCGAUGUGCACGGCUGCCCUGCGGAGUUGGAGGCACUGAUGGAGCGCUGUGAGCGCAAGGAAGGGGAUGUGGUCAUCUUGGUGGGGGACAUGGUCAACAAGGGCCCGGACUCGCAUGCGGUGCUGCGCAUGGCUCGCAGAAUUGGGGCCGUGGCAGUGAGGGGCAACCACGAUGACAAGGCGCUCGCCAUUGCUGCUGCUGCCGCCGCUGGCAAGUCGAAGCGGUGGCGCAACACCAAGUGGCUGAGUGACCUCUCGUCCACUGAUCUUGACUGGCUCCACUCGCUGCCCUUCUCCAUAUGCAUUCCCUCCCACAACUGCCUCGUUGUGCAUGCGGGCCUUGUGCCUGGCAUUCCUCUGCACCGCCAGCACCUCACCCAUCUGCUCAACCUUCGCUUCAUUCGCCGCCUGCCUGUCGCCCCCAUUCCCCAACACACGGCUCCUUGGGAGCCCACGGCACGCGGCCUCUCUGCACUGCUGGACUCUGGCAGCAGCAGCAGCAGCGGCAGUGAGAGCGAGAGCAGCAGUGAGGGCGGCCAUGGGUGGCGAUGGCGCAUGGCCAACUGGGGGGCGCCGUGUGCAGGGGCCAUGGAAUCCGGGUUGAGUGAGUGGGACGCACAUGACUGGCUUGUGUCGGGGGGGGAUGGCAGCGGCAGUGAGAGUGAGGAAGCGAAUGGGUGGGCCAGAGGGUGGGGCUGGCAGGCAUGCAACGCUGCUGAUGAGGGGGCGGUGCUGUGGGCGCACGAGUGGAGAGGCAGGCAGCACGUGGUGUUUGGGCACGAUGCUCUCAGGGGCCUGCAGAGGACCCCCUGGGCCACGGGCCUUGACACGGGGUGUGUGUACGGCGGGCGCCUCACAGCAUGUGUGCUACCGUCGCUGACGCAGCUGCAGCAGCUGACUCUUGCACGCACCGCGGAGCAGCGCAGAGAGGGGCACCAAGGUGCCGCACGCGUGUGGCCAAUGCUGCAAAUAGUGUCGGUGGCAGCACAGAGGCAAUAUGCCAUGCCCAAAGCCAAGGGGCGCAAAUGAGAUGAGGUCUUGUAGUUAGUCAAUCCAGUCACGGUAGUAGAACGGAAGAGAGAUCAGCAAAAGCUCAUGAAUCGUGAUUUGAUUGUUCCCACAUAUAGAGUGAUCUUUUUUUUCUGUUUACAGCGU